AUGACUUGUAUGGCAAAGCGAAGCUCUGUUUUAUUCAAAAUUGAGCUUCGUUCUCAAAAAAAAAGGAAGAAAAAUACUUUAUUUAAAUAUUCAAAUAGAUUAAACCUUUUCCUCUAUCUUAAAAGGGUUGUAAAAAUAAAAGGUUGUAAAAACGUCAGGUGGUGGUACGGUUAUAGUUGGGAUAUAGUGCCGUCAUCUCAUUCAAACAUUGUAACAUGA